AUGACGACGUCAACCGUUGCCGCCGCCCUUGGCAAACUUUUGUUUGUUGCCGUCGUUACGCUAGUAAUCUCAGUCGCGAAUGCGCUUAGUUCCGUGCCAGAGCUUUCGGACUGGGAGCAAGACCAAUAUCUCACCCUACAACUUACCGUACCUUUAGGUUCAGGUGACGCCAAGCCGAUCAGACACCGAGUUGUCCCAUUGACUGAAGCUGUUGGGAUGAACCAGUCCGUCAUAGCUCGGGAGUCUAUCACAAUCAAGGGGACAAUGGUUCCUACUGAAGAAGGCGGUUGGCUCGAGUUUAUCGACUCCAACAGUAUCGCAUAUCUCAACUGCGACAACCCUAACUCAACCUCCCUCUUUGACCAGCUCAUGGCCAAGGCACCAAAAGCUAUUCUGCUGUUUAGCCUGGCCGGGGCUGGCUGCAGACGCGACAGCACGGAUGACUGGAACUACACUACUAUUUUCACCAUGACCGACCAAAUCGAUGCAAGAGACACGCUUAACCUCACAAUGUCAGGCAGUUUAGCCACUAUUACUGGGGAUUAUGAGGAACCUGACGAUGAUGACGACGAAGAUCGAACCGGGCAUGGCUCACCGAUCGCCAUGAAUAUUCUCUACAGUAUUACCGGAGUCAUUACCCUACUCUUCCUCGCUAUUAUCGCGACCGGAGCGAUCCGAGCCCAUCGUUAUCCGGAGCGAUACGGACCUAGGCCCGGCUACGGCGGACGGCCUAGUCAAAGCAGAGCCAAAGGGCUGGCGCGUGCAGUGCUUGAAACCUUGCCUAUCGUCAAGUUUGGAGAGAAAUCCCCAGCCAAGCCGGAUCCCGAUUUCCAGCUUGAACAGCAACCCUCCAGGUCAUCACAGGAUCCAACGCCACGAGCAAAAUUGUCAGCAAUCCAAGAGACGGUACCAUCUAUAGCCAAAUCUCAAGGACCCAUGACUGUACCGAGUGUGGAGGCAUCCGAACAGGCUUCGUCGGCAACAGUCUAUGGGGCUCAAACGGGCAUGACCAACACAGCCGGCGACAUUGAGAAUACGACCUCAGACGACAUCAAUCUGGGGUGUCCAAUUUGUACCGAGGAUUUCACGAUUGGUGAAGAUGUUCGGGUUCUCCCUUGCAACCACAGGUACCACCCAGCUUGCGUCGACCCUUGGCUGGUAAAUAUCUCGGGCACUUGCCCUCUAUGUCGUCUCGAUCUUCGACCCCACAGCUCAAUCGAAAGCACUACCGGCCCUGGCGAUAAUCACUCAGUGUCUUUGCCAACAGCAGCAGGCGACAACGCCCAGCAGCCCGGCACCAGUGGAAGUCCCAUGCCAAGCACCGCCCCUAGAGAGCGGCGAAGGUCUUUGCGAAUUCUUGACUUGCACAGACUUCGGGCUGCCUCUAUCGAAGAACGUAUGGAAAUCUUGAGAAGACAUAGGUCUCAGCAGCAACAACGACGGUCUGUCACAGGAUCGUCAUUAACAAGCGAUCCUGAUAACGGCGAAUCCACAGAUUCUACUCACCGAGCGAGACUCGCUGAGCGAUUCAGAGGCAGACUUAGGGCAUCACGGCCUCCAAGUCAGGCGCAGCCACAACCAACAGAGGUAGAUAUACCCACGCCCACGCCGUGA